UGCCGGUUUUCUUCACGCCGUUAUGCCCGUGCGCCGUCGAUGAUGCCUGGAACAAUUCGCUCCGCUGAGAGCGUGCUGAUAACGUGUUAGAAGAGUUACAAAAGACACGAAGUGAUAAGGUGUCUGUUCAAGAAGGCACCAGGAACCGACGUCGGUUUUCAUAUGGAAACUGCCAUCUAUUCCUUAAGCAUGGAUUAAUAGGAUUAGUUAAAUCCUAACAUAAUCUUCUUCAACUCUGCCUCCACACGAGCGAUGCAACGACUGUGGCAGCACGGUCAUGUCAGGUUUGGGUAGAAAGUGUAUCCAUCCGGAAGCGAUAAAGAAAAAGGAAGGAGACGAAUUGGCGAUAAUUCUUGCAGAUAACCAAACUAAUGCCAACCGGGAAGAUGAUGGUGAUACUCCUACAGAGGACAAUGUUUACAUCAACAUGGAUGAUGCCAAUUUCCUAUAUAUGGAGAUUAGCGCAUGCAUGAUAGUCUUCCACAUCGAGCCAGCAUAUCAAACGGAGGGGAGUAGAGAUUGAUCCACUAUAACGGUGUGCCAGAGAAAGAAUGAGGACGUACGUUUCUCCUCCAAAUGUGCGCGUGUUUGCAUGGAGUACUAAUUGUUUACCCACAUGGAUUUCUUUUUAUUUUGAGGGGUGUUACCCACAUGGAUUAAAGGAGUCUUGAAGUCUCCAACUUGUGUACCGUAUGUGCUACCGAGCCGGAGGAUUCCUUCGUCCUCCCAUGCUCUUUGUAGGUGCCCCCGUGCAGUGACGUUGUAGCAGUCCAUGGCGCAACAAUGGAACAUUCCAGACGUGCUGCAGCUUGUGAACACGUAUAUCUUUGUACACCCCUUAUAUAUAUCAGAUAGCCGCGUCCAUUAAGGGAUGUCGAGAAGUUUCCUAAACCUAAGUUUUACAUGGUAUCAGUUUAGGCCAAUCUACGUCCCCGCCGCCACCGCCUCCUCCUCUGGUUUUCCAGUCGCCGUUCAUGGCUUCUGGCCCGCUGGCCGCGGUUCAUCCAAGGGCGGUUGUUGCCCCGAUCGCGGCGCCCUCGACCGCCGCUCCCAUCGCCUCUGCAUGGAUCGGCGCUGGUUCGUCCGCCAGUCUCACGGGUCGCAUCUGACGCCGCAGUCGUCGUCCUACGGCGUGCCGCCGUCGCAGCCCUGCAUGGCGCCGUCGGCCCUGCCCUACGGGGCGCCGUCGACGCAGCCUUACAGGGCAUCCCCAUCGUCGGUCUAUGGGGUGCAGCCGUCUCUGCCGCACUAUGGGGUGACAUCGCUGCAGCCCUAUGCGGCACAUCCGUCGCCGCCCUACGGAACACAUCCGUUGCCCUACGAGACUCCGCCGUCGGCACCGUAUGGCGGGUUCUCCGCCACUACCUAUGGGGCAUCACUGUCUCAUCCACUGGCACCGACGUCCAUGGGCUAUGGGGCUCAUCCGUCGAUGUUGGAGACGGAGGCCUCUUUGCUUGUCCAUGCCGGUGCAAUGCCUCCAGGGGCUGCUGCAUCGUCGAUGCCCUCUGCCCUCGGCGGUCACGCUACCACAGCAACAUCGUUCUACUUCACGCACCUCCUUCCGGUGAAGCUCAUGCCGAACAACUACUUGGCGUGGCGUGCACAUGUGCUGCCUCUUCUUCGUAGUCACUACCUCGAGGGAUACGUCAAUGGUGCUCUACCGUGUCCACCGUCGUAUCAUCCAUCAUAUCAUGCAUGGGUGGCCCAGGAUCAAGCUAUUCUUUCGGCCAUCCAGUCCUCGCUCACGGAAGGUGUCUCGUUGUUUGUUCUCUUCGCUACCAACUCUUAGGAUGCAUGGUCUGCUCUACACAUUAGCUUCGCGUCUCAGCAGCAGGCGCGUGCUCAUGCCAUCUGGACCGAGCUUGGGUAGACAAAGCUUCUCGAUCUCAGCAUCACCGACUACUUCAACAAGAUGACGAGCCUCACCGACACUCUGGCCUCCAUUGGUGAGCCGCUUCGUCCCGAGGACUUCACCACCUUCGUGAUGAAUGGGUUGCACAACGACUAUGAUAAUCUGGCCGAGAAAAUCAAUGGCGUGAGAUCCCACCAUAACCUCGUGAGCUCUACUCCGGCCGCCUCGCCACGGAGCAGCGCGUCAAGGCCCGUUGUGUCACCCUCGGGUUUGUGUCUACAAACGCUGCCACCCGUGGCAAAGGAAAGCCUUCCAAGCCGCCGCCCGCUGGGGGUAAGGUGCUACCCCAGCCGACCUCGCAGUCCCCGCGGUCACUUUUGGCAGGGCCCAUGACGACUACUCGAGGUGGCCGCCCGUGUGCAUGCUGCCCCUCCUCUGGCAUCGAGCUUCCUGUCAGUUGUGCGCUAUUCCAGGGCACAUUGCCUCCCUAUGUCAUUGCCGCUUCAAGCAGGACUUCCUUGGCAUCGGCAACAAAGGUAAAGGCAAUGACAAGCAGGUUGCUAUGGCGACUCAUGAGCACGGUCAUACUCCAUCCUAUCCCAUUGAUCCGACAUGGUACAUGGAUACGGGAGACACUCAUCACCUCACUAGCGAGAUGAGCAAGCUCUCCACUCAGGAUCCAUAUCGCGGUCACGAUCAGGUUCACAACGCUAGCAGAGCAUGUAUGCAUAUAUCACAUGUUGGUCAGGCUUCCCUUCUUACUCAUAAACCCAAAUCCUUGCAUAUUUUGGUGUUUUACGUGUUCCUUCUGCUACAUGUAGCUUAUUGUCAGUUCCUAAGCUUACUCUAAUAAUAAUUUCUUCACUUGUUUUCACCCCUUUCAUUGUUUC